UGAAAAGUACGUUGAGGUGAAAAAUACGGCAUAUUCGCAGAUUAAACCCGGAAUUCCCGGCCACCAACCAUUGCGAGGCAAAGUGCGUUCGCUGUAAUUUCACUCGAGACUGUGUUGCAAAGCACACGGGGCACACACAUAGAAACCCGCUGUUCGCAAUUCGCCGACGCCUAGCGCGAAAACAAAGAUGGCGCCGGAGGAGGUGCCAACAUUAAACCUCGAGUGUUGGGUCGAAGAGCUCAGCCCGGCACAGAAAGCGGCCUAUGAGAGGGCCGAAAAGGAGCACAAUGAGGUUCGCAACCGGCUGAAAGCAAUCGUACAGGAGCACGGUGGAGAAAACAUUUUUUCCGGCGAACUAUUCACGGCCUACCAGGUACUGGGGCCGGUGCCGGGGUUGGAGCAGAUUUCGGAACCGCUUAGCUCGCUCGCGAAACGGAAGCCACCGGUACCGUGCGUUCCGGCCGCUACAACAGCCCUUCAUCGGGCCUCACCUUCAUUGCCCGAUACGCCGAUUGCGGUGGGAACUCGACGUCGCAGCCGACGUUCCUUCCAGCGUCCCCGAGGGGGGGUUCCUCCUGACGAGGAAACGAGCCCUCGAACACCACCGACGGUGGAGAUUGCCGACGAUGACGAAGACUACAUGCCACUGGCCAAGCGCAUGAGGCAACGCGAAAAGCCGGGAACAUCGCGGGACUUGUCGGAGACGCGCAAAACUCCGGAAAAGCCGGCGGAACCGAAACAGCGGCGCUCGAAAUCGCCCGUUCAAACGGUAUCACCCGCCCCGAACGUGCGCCCAACCGAGUUUACGGCCGCCGGUGGGUUACGUAUUGGCACGGAGAAAGAAAAGAAGCGUGCCGUUUCCGCCGAACCGUCCGCGAUCGUCGAUCUGACCACGGACGAUACGAGCAAUGUGCCGGCGGAUUCGCGCGAGAUUUCGUUCAGCAAAAUUCAAGGCAAAACGUACCCAUCGCUGGUCGUUAUCGCCCGGCCAUCGUUACGGGUGGCCGAUCGGACUCCCACCGAUCGGCCGGCGCUCGAUGCCAAGGUAAAGGGCGUCCUAGUGUACCCGUCGGCCAAGUUCACCGAGUGGUUGAUUCAGCAGGGACUGAUCAAAUCCGAUCAGCUGUGCACGGUGCACAGUGGGACCCUGCUCAAGCUGGGCAUGUACUCCGAUGCGUCCAAGUUCACGCACUCCGGUGGGUACGUGUGGAUCAGCAACUGCUGCCACGGGCAGUUUACUUCCGUCUUCAAUGGGUCGAUUUUCGAAGGCUCUCCUCACGCACCGACCGUUCUGCUGAAGCUCGUGUACCACUGGGCGUGCCAAACGAGCAUUUCCAAUGUGGUCAACUGGGUCAAGGUGGACAACAUGUACAUGAAGCGACUGUACACCAUGCUGCGCUCCGUCUGCACGUUGGCCCUGUGCCGCCACAUGCCCAAACUCGGUGGCGAAGGAAAAGCCAUCGAAGUAGGCGUCAUUUCACUCGGAACGACGACACAGGAUGGCCAGACGCGGCAGGUAAAGGUGGAGGUGUUGGGUGUUCUGGAUCGUGACGCUAAAAUCAUACGCUUGAAGGCGGUCGAUCCACCGCCGUAUGCGGAUCGAAGCUACAAGAAGCGGUUCACGAGAAUUCUCGAACCGCUUGACGUGUGGGUCCACAAGAACAGCACCAUACUGACCGAUCUGACCGUCGACAAGGGAACGCUCGUCGGCAUGGGCUUCACUAACGUGCAGCAAGUGCCACCGGCCGAGGCGAACGAGAAAACCAGCAACGCCAACGUGAUGAACUAUUUGCGAAGCAUCGUACCGCGGAUGUUCCAGAGCACGCUGUCGCUGCUGUCGCGCCAAAUCAUCCAACAGUUCCUGAACGAGCUCGUGUGGCGCGAAAUGUACGGCACCACGCCCUGUACUGCGUUCGACAACAUUGUUCGCCACAUUGCCGAACAGUCUCGGAUUGAGAACAAGGAAAGCUUGAUGACGCGUUUAAAUAAGGUGGCAAUUGAUCCGUUCUGCCAGUGGCCGGAUCUCCCGGUGUCGACGCGUCCCCAAUCAUCGGCGAGCAGUUCGCGCGCCCAACUUACGACGACGACACCAACAACAACUCCCGGGAGACGCGGCCGGAAACCGAAGGAUCGCUCUGCCACCGAAUCGCCGGUCGCUCCGAGCCCGCUGACGAGCAGCCGAAAAGCGGCCGCCAGCCCGUCGCUUCCGCCGGAACCGCCAAAAAAGAUACUGCUGAAAAAGGCUAAGCGGGACGAGGAACACGCUUCCAUGGCGGCCCGAUCCACGGCCGGUGGCGGCAGCAAGCCAUCUUCGCCGCUGCCUGCCGCGCUCAAGAAGACUGCACCGGCGGCCGCCGCCACUAGCAGGCAGCGUGAGGACGACGUAGUGUUCCUGGAGUCCUACUACUACGGCUGCACGGGCGUGGACAGUGCGCUGAAGGAGUGUGCCAUACCGUCCGAAGGGUUGCACUUGGGUUGCCCCGAAUGCCCGGAGCUGUCGUUCGAUAACAACGUCGAUCUGUUGGAUCACUUCCUGCGCCACGCACACGACCCGCCGGAAGGGUCGCAGGAAGGGGCCCUCCAGUGCCGGUACUGCUUGCAGUACCUGGGCGACCAGGAAGCCCUAACGAAGCACCAUUCCGUGGCCCAUCCGCUCGACACGAAGUGUGCUUAUGGCAAAACCUUGAAUUGUCUCAUUUGUGAGUCCAGUUUCAGUACCGCGGCCGUGCUGGCGGGUCACAUGGCCAAGUGGCACCGCUCGCUCGAAAUGCCGUACCGGUGCGCCGGGUGCGACUUCCGCAGCUCGUCGCGCCGCGUAACGAUCGAUCAUUUCUACGCGCGCCACCAGCGCACCACGCUGCUCCAGUGUCCGUGGUGUCAAAAGAUGGUAUCGGCAACGGCCGCCGCCAAUGGGCCCGAGGCCCUCGGGAAGGUUUUGCGCGACUUCCUGCACCACCUGGGCCGCCACUCGAGCAAAACGGUCUCGAAACGGUGCCACAAGUGUGCGCUCAGUUUCCUCAGCAAGGGUGAGCACAAGUUUCACAGCAUCUUCGAUCACGUGUCCAGCUCCUGCGAGCCGACCGACGUUCAGCCGUUGCCAACGACGGAUUCUCAAACAAAAAUUCGCCGGCCGAAGAAAAAAGCGAUCGUUCUGAAGGAACUGUGCACGUAUCGCGUCGUCAAGGCGUACAGUGCGCUCGAGCUGAACAUGGAGUGCGGUAGCGUCUGCCUCGAGUGUGGCAACGAUUACGAUUCGUUCAAUCACAUUAUUGGACUGCUGCAGUGCGUCAAAUGUCCGUAUCAGUCGGCCUGUCUGCCGUCGGUAGUUAAUCACUCGGUAGUGUGUUCCGCGGCACAAUCGUCCGAGAGCGGUGUUACGCUCGCGGCGGAAAUGCACUGCAACUGUGGGUUCUCUUCAAACGACGGCAACGCGCUGGCCCGACACCUGAGUGCGUGCGAACGUGGUGGGACCGUGUUCUCGUCGGCCGAAGCGGCACAAGCGGCCAACUCGUCCAAGCGCAACAUGCUCGACAUGCUCGGACUGGUUCGGCGCGAUGAUGAGCAGGAAGUGGACCAGCAGCAGCAGCCGGAACAGGAGCAGGAGCAGGAUCCAGCAGAAGGCCUCCAGCAAGACACGGCAGCUGUGGAAGAUGCCGGCCAACCGGCGGCGGCGGCGGCGACCGCCGGAACCAGCGGCGUAUCGUACGACCCAUCGCAGUCACUGUACAACAUUGCGGCCACCGGUGGCGAGCAGCAGUUCAAUACGCAGCUCUCGCUGGACGAUCUCGGCCCGUCGUCGGUUCUACCGACCCCACCGGACACCACCGACUGUACGCCGCAGCUGCGGGACGAGUACCAAUCGCUGGCAACACCGCGCGUUCCGGAUCAACCGGAUUACUAACUCUCGCUAUCGCGACUUGCAAUCUGUAUUUUUCUUUUUUUCAUUCAUUUGGCCAUGUGAUGGCGUGCCGAGUUUCUCGCCGCAGUGCAGGAAAUAAA